AUGUGGAACCAAACCACCAUAACCGAAUUCAUCCUCAUGGGAUUCGUCUACCCCCGCCAUCUAGAAUGCCUCAUGGCUGUUGGCUUCCUGGCCUCUUACCUGCUGAUCUUGUCUGGCAAUAUCAUGAUCAUCGCCAUCAUCCUCUUAGACCGUCACCUCCACAGCCCCAUGCACUUCUUCCUCUGGAACCUCUCCUGUUUGGAGAUCCUUUUUACAUCUUCUGUCCUACCCAAGGUGAUUGUCAGCUUCCUGACGGGUGACAGGUCCAUCUCCUACCUGGCUUGUAUCACUCAGUGUUACUUCUACUUCCUUCUGGGCUGCAGCGAGUUUGUCCUGCUGGCCGUUAUGUCCUAUGACCGCUAUGUGGCCAUCUGCAACCCACUGCACUACACCAUGGUCAUGAAUGCUCAGCUCUGCUUCCAGCUCGUUGUUGGGUCGUGGGUAACGGGGUUCCUGGUCACCAUCAUCCCCAUCAUCCUGAUCAUCACCCUGCCCUUCUGCAAUGCCAACCAGAUCGACCACUUCUUCUGUGACAGCUUGGCCUUGGUCAAGCUGUCAUGUGUGGACACGAGCUUUGUGGAGCUGCUGAGUUUCAUGACCUCCUCCGCCAUCCUGCUGGGCUCCUUGAUCCUGACGGUGGUGUCUUAUACCUACAUUGUUGCCACCAUCUUCAGGAUAACGUCCCUCUCAGGACGCAAGAAGGCUUUCUCCACCUGCUCCUCCCACUUCAUCAUCAUCACCAUGGGCUACGGCAGCUGCAUCUUCAUGUAUGUCCGGCCUUCGGGCAGCGACACCUCGCUCAACAAGCUGGUGGCCCUGCUCAACACAGUGGUGACCCCUCUCAUGAGCCCCUUCAUCUUCAGCAUGAGGAACCAGCAGAUAAAAGAUUCCCUGAGGGCUGCCUUGAAGAGAAGCAUGAACUUCUCAAGGAAGCAUAUUAACUUCUGA